AGCAGCGCUUCGCGUAAUGCAGCAAUGACAACGCCUCUUCUCCACCGCACCCUCAACACCAGUAACGCCGGCCCGCUUGCCAUGACCUUACAUAGCCGCACCCUGCACCAUGACCGCCCCAGAGGAGAGCGUUCCCUCCACCUCCGAAACGGCCAACCAGCAAAUGGGAGCUGAGCAUGGCAGCCCUGCUGCUGCUCGUUCAGCCGGUGCUACCGGUGCGACAACAAACACGCCCCGAGCCCAAUCAGCCGCAGUCACCUCCGCCCAGGGCCGCGCGAGUCCCGAUGCCAUAGCGGCUGCCCAGGCCUUGAUGAGGUCGUCGCGGCCCUCCAGGACCAGCUCGCCCAUGACUUCGCGAGAGUCUUCGCCCGCCCGCUUGCCACCACGCGCUCACUCGGCCAUGUCGGGCCCAGUCCGUCGCGUCGCCAGGUCGCGCAAGAACAGCAUUCAGGACCAGAGCCCUCAUCGCCCGCCCGCCUUGUCUGGCGUGGGCUCGACGCCUUCCGCCGCCGCUAUCCAGCGCGCCCUCGCCUCAGCCAGCUCCUCUGCCGCUGUCGCAGACCCUACCAAAGCACCACGUCAAGCCCAGAAACCCACCACCGCCGCCACCUCCGGCGACACCACGCCUCACUGGCCCAUAUCGCCGCGCAUAAAGUCGCCGCCGCCCUCGGGCAGUACUCGUUCGCGCCGCAACUCGCAGCGCUCGUUGUCGCGGAGGCCCGAAAUCUCGUCAACUACCUCGGCACCCAACAUCGUCUUGCAGCGAGCCCAGACCCCGAAUCCGCCUCCGUCAACACAACAACAACAACAGCAGCAACAACAACAAUCAAGGCAUGAUAGUACCGCAAGCGAUUCGGAGGAUCAGGGAGGCAUGAUAAUGAAGGCGCCGGGCCGAGCCGCGAGCGGCACAGCGCCCAUGUUGGAGACGGUGCAAGAAGGCAGUCUGCCCACUACGCCCGGCUUCGACAUUCUCACUUUACAAAGAACAAAAUAAUUCAAAAGCGCGGGAGAGUGGGAAUGAGAGCGGGGGGAGCAGGACCGAAGACAGGGGAAGACGGACAGAGCAAAAGAAGACGAGUAGCUCCUCACGGAAUCCACCACCGCUCCCGUCGAGAAACUCCUUCACCGGCCUCGUGCCUUCGAAAUCCCGCUCCGUCACCGAACCUUCGAAGAACAUGACGGUAGAAACGGA